AUGUCGGUUCCGCGUUCAGCACGAUACCUUAGUGUAAUGAAAUGGAUUGGUUUGGCGAUUGGAUGUUCAGCCAAGUUCGUAUCCGGAUCUUUAUUCGUGUUUAAUGCCUAUGAAGAUGCUUUAAAAACAACAUUUAACUUCACCGCUAAAGAGGUCCAGCUGCAGUCGUCCUUCCUUAACAUUGGCCUUGGGAUCGGAUUCCUUCCGGGGAUGUUUUACGAUAGAUUCGGGCCGCAGUGGUGUUCGGGUUUAGGAUUGGUCUUGUCCCUGACUGCAUAUCUACUCAUUUGGAGCACCACCAGGUCCAUCACAUUCUAUAGUUCACAUAGCUGGCUGAUGGCGUUCUAUUUCUUCCUCUGUGGUCUAGGAUCUGUGUUCACCUAUAUGGUCGCUCUCAACACUAACGCCAUCAACUUCCACCCAAAACACCGCGGAAAAAUCGUGGGAAUCCUCAAUGCCUUUUUCGCUGGCAGUCCAUCAGUGUUUUCAGCGCUAUAUUUCCAUGUUAUUGGGAAGGAUGACCCCAAGAGUGCUGACAGUUUCUCAACUCUGAUGCUAGUGUUCGCCGUGUGUUUCGUAGUAAUAGAUAUUCUUUGUAUUGCUUUCAUGCGAGUGUAUCCACGCACAGAGCCAGCGGACAAAAUAACACCGGAUGUGAAGGUUGACGGCAAUUCUGAUGGUAGUAUACAUGUUUACAACAAAGGAUUCAACGGUGACGAUGUCUCUGUUGACAAAGGUUUGUCCGAACAGAACGAAAAUACAGAUGACCUUAAGACAUCUUCUAUAGAUUCGGCAGUUCCGAAUUACUCCAUUCCUGGAGAUAUGUCUCUUUUAAAAAUCCUCACAACACUUGAUUAUCACCUACUGACAUGGUUAUUUACUUUCGCAUCUGUAACGGGUCUCGUGUAUACGAUCGCGUUGACACAGACUACGGCAGCCUUAGGUCUAGACAAUCAUAACGCAGACAUCGUCAUUAUUAUACCAAUCGCCAACGCUGUCAUCAGCGCCGCCAUCGGCUUGAUUUCUGACUACUUCCAGCAAAGGUUACCCCGGCUUGGUAUUCUAAUAGCGGGGAUUAUAGCAUUCGUUACAUGUCAGUGUCUGGUAGUAGGAUUAGCUGACAAGUACCCGGUUCUAGUCACCGCCACAGUGAUUAAUGGAAUGGGACAGGGCAUCAUCUGGUCCCUCUCUCCUGCUGUCAUGAGUGAAAUGUUCAGCGUCAAAAAUCUCGGCCGUAACUGGGGCAUCGCCCUACUUGCAUCUGCUCUUAUUGGUCUUGGAGCCCAAGAGGCUUUCGGUGCACUCUACGAUGCAGCGAUAUCAAUCCCUGGGGAGGUGUACUGUUAUGGAAUGAGUUGCGUCCGUGGAGGACACGCCGUCAUUCUCGGAAUGGCCGUGCUCGCAAUGAUUCUUGGUGUGGCACUCUUCAUGCGGAGGCGCAAAAAGACAAAUAUGUAA